CGAAAAAGAAGAAUCCAAAGUUAUGACCGGAAGUGAGUUUUUUCUGUCUCACGCUGUUGAUGAAACCUGCAGUACACAGAUACAGUAGCUGUUUCCUCCUUCAGUCUUCAGAUACCAGAGAUGAUAAAACAAGACACGGAAGAGUCUGCCACCCAGGGCAGCGAGGAUGCUCCACCCACAGCAGGAGGGAUGGCGUCACCUGCAGCUGCAAAAGACAGCUUGGACAGCAACAGCCCCAAAGAGUCCGAACCACAGACGCCACAGACAGACACCCCUCCACAAGACCAGGAGGGAGGAGGUGAAGGUGCGGAGGCUGCACUGUCGCAGUGUUUCACGGCUGACGAUCUGAGCCGGCAGCUAGAGGACAUCCUCAGCACCUACUGUCGGGUAACGAUUUCGGACGACGCCAGUGCCUUGCCCAACGGUCAGUCACACAGCUCAGAGCUCAAUGGCCCCAGUGAGAGGGAAGAUGACAAGUCAGAGGAAGGCAAAAUAAAUGGUGCAGAGAAAGAGCAGAAGAAGACUCAGGAGAAGAAAAAAGUGAAGGGUCUAGGCAAAGAGAUCACUCUUCUUAUGCAGACUCUAAACACACUGAGCACCCCUGAGGAGAAGCUGCGCCUCUGUAAGAAGUAUGCUGAACUGUUGGAAGAGCACCGUAACACACAGAAGCAGAUGAGGGUGCUGCAGAAGAAGCAAAAUCAGCUGGUCCAGGAGAAAGACAACCUGAGGAAUGAGCACAGUAAGGCCAUCUUGGCCCGCAGCAAGCUGGAAAGCCUCUAGGAGCUGCAGAGACACAACCGCACACUCAAGGAAGAAGGAAUGCAAAGAACCCGUUUGGAGGAAGAGAAAAGGAAGGAGGUGACUUCUCAUUUCCAGGCGACACUGAAUGACAUCCAGGCCCAGAUGGAGCAGCACAACGAGAGAAACGCCAGCCUCCGACAGGAGAACACAGAGCUGGCUGAGAAACUGAAGAAACUGUAUGAACAGUACAAACUGCGGGAAGAACACAUAGACAAAGUGGUGAAGCACAAAGACCUGCAACAACAGCUGGUGGAUGCCAAGCUGCACCAGGCACAGGAGCUGCUGAAGGAGUCAGAGGAACGCCACGACAGAGAGAAAGAUUUUCUGCUGAAAGAAGCGGUGGAGUCUCAAAGGAUGUGUGAGCUAAUGAAGCAGCAGGAAGUUCAUCUCAAACAGCAGCUGUCACUGUACACAGAGAAGUUUGAAGAGUUUCAGACCACUCUGUCCAAGAGCAAUGAAGUCUUCACCACUUUCAAACAGGAGAUGGAGAAGAUGACUAAAAAGAUCAAAAAGCUGGAGAAGGAGACAGCCAUGUAUCGCUCCAGGUGGGAGAGCAGCAACAAGGCUCUGCUGGAGAUGGCUGAGGAGAAAGCUGUGCGGGACCGUGACUUUGACGCACUUCAGGGGAAAGUCCAGCGGCUUGAGAAGCUGCGGCGGGCACUUAAAGUCGAGCGAAACGAGCUGAACAAGAAGGUCCAGAACGUCAGCGGUCAGCACGGCGACACGGCAGGAGCCCCCACCUCCGACCCAGGGACUGACUCGCCCUCUCCACCACCUACAGACUGUCUGCUGGAGCCCGGCAGCUGUCCUGUCCCAGACACCUCCUCCUCCUCCUGCUCCCACACCUGCCACUGUGACCCCGAACUGGACACAGAUACCCUACUAGAAGGGGCAAACGCUCAGCCUGUUUCUGCGCAGGAAUGAAGCAGCGCUGCUCUCACACUCUCCUCCUUCCCCUCCAGCGUCAAGCCACCAAAAGAUAAGCCACCAGCUGCAAGCCACUGCUCCACGGCUGGAUGAAGCUGAUGUUAAACACUGGUCUAGAAGCUGAUCGGAUAGUCACACCUUUGUGUCUUUUAUGUUGGGUAUCUGAGCGACGUUUAAUAGAAGGGUUAGCUUGUGUCCUCCCAGUGUCCUCUGAAGGCUUUCUGAAGGUGAGAAUAAAGUUGUGCUUCACCUGUCAGUGUAUUUACAUGCACAAUGUAACUUAAUAACUGUGACUAACCUGAUUAAUGUAAUAGCAUUUACAUGGUUCGCAAUAACCCAAUUUCCUCCAAUAAUUAGAUUGUCAUGACUCAUUUAAUAGCUGCUUUAGCAUGUGCUUGCAAGCCCUCCAGGCAGCAUCUUAUUAUCCACAGAAAUUAUAAGGAAACCAAGGGCUUUUUUUGGACUCAGUCUGCCAACCCAACCCAAAAGGUGUUUUUUUCCCCCCUAAUAUAUACACCAUACUCAUGGGUAUAAAAUGUCUGAGAAAUUUGAAAGAUUUGACAAGUUAUUGGACUCUGAUGUGCUUAUCCCAGCCUCAACCAUACCUUCACUAAGAAACACUGUUUCCAUGAUGCUUGCAAUAAUCAGUAACAGCCUCAUUAUUAGUGUGCGUGUAAUUGCACUGACUACCUUUGUGCGAUGAAAAAGUUCAGACUGUAAGAAUCAAACUUUACCUAUUUUAGCUGUAGGCAGUUUCCCCAAUGAAGUAGUCCCGUUGUGCAGUAUUCCACUGCUCCCAGCUCUCCUGUAACAUUUGUAGCGUUCUCUGGAAGUUCUGUUAUGUAAACAUAUCAAGAACAUUUUCAGUGAGGCUGAAUCUCCGUGUCAAAGCAAUGAAACUUCAACCUGGGUUUCAUUUUGUUGAACCUGCAUGUGAUCGCCAGUUUGUCAGACAGCACACAGCACCUCAGAGUUCGCACUGAAUGUUCUCCCUCAGAUGCCUCAGAAUGUUACAGUAGAACUCGGCAUUGACAGUCCGACCUCAGGGCACUUGAUUCCUGACUCACGGUGCACAACCACGUGAAUGAUGAGUAUGCUUCCAGCGUGCUUCUCACCUGAUCGCGCCUUUUCUGGUUUUGAAAGAGCGGCUCUUCCACUGUCAAAAUUGCCGUUUCUUCUCUUGAUGCUAGCUGCAGACCCACCUCUCAUCAGGGCGGUGGUCCUCCACAUGAAGGUUGGAUCAUCCAGCUGCUGACUGACACAGAAUGCGAUGGUUUUCUCUCUGCAUGCAGGAAUCACAAAACUGCACCUGCCAGUUGUCACAUAAAAGUGUAUAACACGGGCCCUGUUGACAGUUUCAGAACUUUUUGAUCGCACCAUCUAAAUAUCAGUGCUGCUUGGGGAGACACAAGCCAAACCAGUUUAUUCCAAGAGGACUUAUCAGAGGUUGAAUGGUGUGUGUGUGUGUGUGUGUGUGUGUGCGCGCGUUCCAUCAGUUUGUGUCAUUUGCACCUUGAGUCUGUGUUGGAAGGGGUUUCACUCAUAGCUUGUGUAACUUCAUGUUUGUCGGUCAAAGUCUUAACAGAGAUGUCAGUUUAUUUAGUCAGUCCUAUUCUUAACAUCAAAAUAAUCUAGAUUUCUACAUAUUUUUGAAGGAAAACUUUCAUUCUUUUUUUCAUUCAGAUGAAAUGUUUAGAAUUAUUUACAAUAUUUUUUCUGAAUUUUCACACCUUUACCAAAAUGUUUCUCUCUUUUUUUUGUGUUGGCGUCACACUGCUUUAUUUGUUCAGCAUUUUUGUUUGUGGUCUGUAUUUAUUGUUUAGCAUAAUCUGUGAUAUAGAAAUGUAUGUAUCUAACAGAACAUGCUGUACAAAAUAUAUAUCUGCUUAUUUUGUAUUAAUUUAGACCUUUUCUAAAGGUGUUACUUUUAUGACCAACUCUUCAUUCUUCGUCUUUUUGAGUUCAGUUGCUUCUGGCUGUUUUCUCGGUUGUUUUUCAGUCUGCUUAUAUCUUUGUAACAAGGACCACUUUGAUCUAACUCCAUCUUUGUGCAUUUGUUUGUGUGUGUGUGUGUUUGAUUUCUGUGUUUUUAUGAUUGUCUCCUCCAAGUCCUGGUAAUUGCAGUAGCUUGUAAUCAGGUUUUAACAAGAGAAUGUUCAAGGACCUCUAUGCAACGCUUGUGUUUUGGUUUUUAUUCUGUGGCAGUCUGAACUGACAAGCACUUAGCUGAGAAUGUAUAUUCAUUUUUUUCCACUGUCCUGCAUGGAUGUACUGUAAAAACAAACAUAUCUCACAGCAGAACUCUAUUUCUAUUUCCUUUUUUAGACCAUGUUUGUUGAGCUACUCUUUUUUUGGUUGUCAAUGAACGUCAUCUUCUGUCUGAUGCUUUUAAAAGGUGCAACAACUGAGCCGAGUGGGAAUACCUAGGGGAAAAGAAUCGUAGUUUUCACCACCAAACGUGUCCAUUUUUCUUCAGACAUUCUUUUGUUCUACUCAAAAUGUAGCAUCAGUAACACACCUAAUGGAAUCGGUCAUCUUCAGCUGAAAUAAAAACGGCAAACCUCAUUUCUUGCAUUGUCCCACAGGACACGUUCAUUGUUCCCUGAAUCCUGCAGUGGAUAGGGAGGUCCAUCGACCAUGAGAAGGAACCAAAGAUGUUUCCUUUUUUUUGUCUUUUGCAGUACUUUUAUCUGACCCUGUAUAUUUUGUUUCUUGUUCAAUAAAAAAUGUAACGGUGUA